CACACACAUCCGUAGCCAUUUUGGCUCAAAAGAUAGUGCCGGCUAGAACUUCGUUUGCAACCGCGGCAGGAGCGCACGCAAUGGUUUGUGUCGUCGAUGGGGCACCUGUCGUCUAUUGUUUGCUGAAGGAUGCUUGCCGCCGCUUGCUGCCGCUGUUCUUUGACCAGGUUCACGCAGUCGACGCCGAGAAUUUGCCAGAGCCAGGCGUGCCGACGAUCCUCGCGUUCAGCCACAGCAGCGACCUCGCCGACAUGCUGCUGCUCCUCUCGGCCACGGAGAAGCGGUACAUAAGAUUCGGUGCUGCUUCGUUCCUCUUCAAGAUGAAAGGAGUGAUGUCCGUCGUGAGUUGCAUCGCGAACCGUAUCGGGGCCGCCCCCGUGGUCCGCCUGCAGGAGACCGAGGGCGGCGGCACACAGCAGGCGGAGGCGAACAGGACUCUCGUCGAGCGGAUGAUGGACGGUCUGAGCCGUGGCCAGUGUGUCGCCCUGGUGCCUGAGGGCGGCAGUAGAUGCCGAGUCAAGUUGAAUCCUUUCAAGCCUGGCGCUGGUGUCUUCGCCGAACGUGUAGUGAUGCAGGAGCUUGCCGAGGGCCGGCCGGGUUUCUCUGUGCGGAUCGUGCCUGCUGGUGUGGUGUACACGCAUUGGACGCUUUGGCGCUCCGCUGCCAUGGUGCGCUAAGGCAAGCCUGUCAUCGUGGACGCGGCGCGUCUCGACAGGUUUGGAAUCACUCCGGACAUCUACAGAGAUACGAGGAACCAGAGGCACUGCGACCUUGUUGACGAUGUCAUGAACGAGUUGAGGGGCAAGCUGGCCGCGGUUGCCUACGACAUACCUGCGCAUGCAGUCAAUGAGGGUGGCAGGGCGAGGAUCGCGGACCCCGACAAAUCGAAAACUCUCGAAGGAGAUUCCCCUGAUCUUCGCAAGGGUGUCGUCGCCGCUCGCAUGGCGCUGUUCGACUCGAACAUCAGUAGACUGCCGCGGAUCGACAUUUGGCAGGGCGCGGUCGUCACCCUUGCCAAGGCGCUGCAGGCCAACAGAGAUCUCGGCAACGAUGUCUGCAAGUACCAUGAGUCGCUCGUGCGCGUGGGAUUGCGAGACGCGCAAGUUCGGGGCUGCAGCCGAGCAGGAUGCUGUCACAUCCUCUAUGCGGCAAUCUGGGCGCUGGUGUCGGUGUUUCCACUGCUCCUCGCAGCUCCUGGCGCCAUCCUCUUCUCGCCCAUGCUCCUCCUCGCUUGGCGAAAGCACCGGGCCGCGAUCGCGAGGAGCAAGGCCAUGCAGCAGUUCUCUGACGCCAACAACGCCACAAGCGAAGACGUCCGGAAGGCGUUGAAGGAGCAGCUUGGACGGGAGCCGGAUGUUCAGGACACGCCCAGGGACGAGGAAUCGUCCGCCGGCGCCGGAACUUUGACUUGAUCACGGGCCGCGGUAAGGGCAUACUCGCUGUGCUCUACUUUGUGCUUCUGGAGUGCUUGUUCCUGGUGCUGGGCCUCUUCCGCGUGGGCAAGGUUGCGGAGCUCGUGCACGUGAGGAAGCCGAUGGCCUGCGUUGGCGUCUUUCUGCUACUGCCGAGCUUUGUGUACCUCUUUUUCGCCCUUUCGCUUCGUGCCCUGGACGAGGCAUGUGCCCUGCUACGCACGGCCUCCGGGCAUUGGGCUCUUGCGCGGGUGGCGAACCAGAGGCUGGCGGAGUUGCGCGGAGAGCGCGAGCGAUUGCGCAGGGAAGCUUUGGAUCUUCAGGGCGUUGACGAGGUUCGUGGCUAGGGCCCAGGAGACGCCGGCAGGUUGGCCCAAUCUACUCUUCGGACGGAGCCGAAGCGACUGGAUGGAGGCCCUGAGCUUGUCGGAUGAUCUGGAACUCAGCCUGGGCGGAUUCUACGAGGACCCGCCCUGCGGCGUGAAUGCCCGAGAGCGAGAGCCGCGCGAGGGCUAUGACCAACUCGCCGAAUAGCGGGAUGGCCGUUCCCUUUAGAAUCAACAAUAAUGAUGGCUGAACUGUCAACGCGCGAGUUUCGACGCAUGCAGUUGCCCUUACCUCGCGUCGCUUUGUGGUUCGGGCUUCAGUCGUGAUGCAGCGCGCCAUGGAUUUUUUUGUUAUGAAAAUCUGGCUGUGCCGCCUCUUCCUCGUCUGGAUAGCUUCACGCAGUGCCCUGCCGCGAAUAACGACUAUGAGGUUUUGAAACAAUCCGUUGCCUGGGCGAGGGUCCGGAAGGCCUUCGAGCUUGAGGCGAUCGCAGGCAUCUUGCUUCCCCAGCGUCUGGUCGCAGCUGGCGGGAGGAGGAGUCCCAGGG